UAGAAAUCUCCACUCUCUCUCUCCCUCUCUCUCUCUCUCUCUACUCUUGGCUGUCUGUAGUUUCAGAGUUUUGCAACAUCUGCACAAAGGAGGCUUUUCCUCAUUCGUAUUUCGCCACAAGCUUUGCAUCAAAUCAUGGCUACUCUUGUGUACAUAGUACUUUUCUUGGCCCUCACUGGCUAUUCAAGUGCGACUUAUUGUAUAUGUAAAGAUGGGGUUGGUGACCAGAGCCUUCAGAAGGCAAUAGAUUAUGCUUGUGGAAAUGGAGCUGAUUGUACACCUAUCCUUCAAAGCGGUGCGUGUUACCAACCAAAUACCGUAAAAGAUCACUGCAGUUACGCCGUUAACAGCUACUUCCAAAAGAAAGGCCAAGUCCAAGGAAGCUGUGAAUUCUCUGGCGCGGCCCAACAAUCUACAACUGCCCCUGCUACCCAGACUUCCACUUGUGUGUUCCCUUCAAGUCCCAGCCAAACAGGCACUCCCACAACAGGCACUCCCACAACGGGCACCCCCACAACAGGCACCCCCACAACAGGCACCCCCACAACCACUACUCCAUCCACAACUCCUUCAACCACAACUCCAACGACAACACCAUCCACCGGAAUGACACCAACCACCGGAACGACAACAGGGACGCCAUCAACGACAUUCAGUGGCAUCAGCCCAACCGGGACCACAUCAUUCAACGAUGGCAGUGGUGGCGUGGCGCUCUCCCCGGGCAGUUACUUGUUUAUCUCUUCGGUUCUGACCUUCCUCUGGUUUUCUGGCUUUUUGCUGAGAAACUGAAGACAUUUUUACCACCACCACUACUACUACUACUACACUAGGCCAAUAGGGCAUGCCACGCGUCGCGUGGUGGGUCUUGAUGUGUGCACCAGAUUAUGCCACGACAUGGGGGCAGACAUAUUAUGGGGUUUUAGGGGCAUAAAUGAAAAGAAGAGAAACCCCACUAGGGUUUUUUUUAUUUUUAUUUUUUGGUUUUGUUUUUAGUUUUUGUUUUCUUGGUCUAUGUGAAAAAAGCUGGGGAAUUUGAUUCCUUUUUUCAGUGGGGUGAUAUGACUUGGUACGGGGGGGUAGAACCUGAUCUUUUUUUUCUUUUUAGAAAUUAGAUUUUUCGUCUAUUUGUAUAUCUAAUGAGAGGAUCUGUAUUUGUUUAUUUAAUGGAGCUCCACUACCCUAGCUAAAAUUACUUAAA